ACAACCGAGUGAUGGCACACACAGUGAGCCAAUCCAACAGACAGUCCCUCAGACAGGGCUCACAAAAGAACCGCAGACUCGCUCUCCAGAUGGCGAACAGACCAUCGGUUUUGGCCGCUCUUCGGCCCAAUAACAACCAGAGGACGCAAAACACACCAAACAUUCAAAACCAGAGAUCCAUUAAACAACGACUUGGAUUCAAACGCUUCAAUAAUCCGACGAUUAGUCCACAACUCAAUCGAAAUCAGAUGCAAACGAACCGAAGAAGAAAACCCAUAAAUCGGGCAAAUCUUAGCCUCAAUCUGAAGGCAACCUCUGGUCGACCGCAACGCCGAAGAAACCCCAACACAAACGCAAACAAUCAGCAAAACAUCGUUCGUCGCAAAGGAAUGAGAGGCAAUCCAAACGGCGCGAUGGCCAGAACCCAGACAUUUAAGGCGACGCCGAAUGCUAUGAGAAGUGGGUUU